CAAAAUAAAUACAAUAAAUGACAGGGGUUAUACAAUAUAUAAGUUAAAGAAGAUUCGAUCAUUUUAAGCCACUUCUAUUCUCCAAUUUCAAUAAAAGAAUAAAAGAAUAAAUUUAAAUCGGCUCUGUCCGACAGCGGUAAACAAACAUGGCGGCCGUGCGUUGCCAUGGUGACGCGGUGUAAAGGCGUCCGUGUCGGUGCCUGAUGAGAACUCGUCAACAACUGACGAUACUGUCCGGUUUAUUUCUAAGGGGCGAGCGUGGACACCAUGAACCAAGUGGAUUAUCUCCACCAGCUCGACACUGGGAGUCUGACUUUGGAGGAGAAGCUGGAGAUUAAAGGUCUCGGUGUCCAUCAGCCGCAGGAUGUCGGUAGAAACCAGACCACUGAUGUCCAGCAGCUGUCGGCGAUUAAAGAAGAAGUUCCCCCCGAUCUGGACCAGCAGGACCCAGAACUCCUCCACAUAAAGGAGGAACAGGAGGAACUCUUGACCAGUCAUGAGGAACGGUUCCCAUUCGCUGUUGUUCAAGUGAAGAGUGAAGGUGAUGAAGAGAAACCUCCUCUCUCACAGCUUCAACUAAGACAAACUGAAGACGAGAAGGAGACAGAGUCUCCAACCAGCAGCUCAGCUCCACAGAUGAAAACAGAAGCUGAUGAAGAAGAACCAGCUCGGAACCCAAAUCCAAACAGCACUAAUAAAAAGUCUUCGGACUCUUCUGAGACUGAAGUUAGUAAUGAUGAUGAAGACGAUGACGAAGGUGAUGGUUGGCAGAACCCUUUGUCAGAUUGUGAACUUGAAAAUGGUGACAGCGUUAGGGUGAAAACGAAUGCACCUGAGUCAGGUGAACGAAGAGAUGUGGGCAGUCACGCAGUCAGAAAACCCUUUAGGUGCUCCGAGUGUGGUAAACAAUUUCUGUACAAGCAGUCGCUUCAGAGGCACCUCACACGUCAGAUCAAAUCAAACAAGAGAUCUUCCAGCAGCUUGGUCACUAAGAAGUGCACAGGAAUAUAUCAAAAUGUAGAUCUACAGACGAGAGUCCACACAGAAGACAAGCCAUUUGUCUGUGAUGUUUGUGGACAAAGGUUUAACCAAAAGGCAAAUCUGAAGACGCACACGAGAGUUCACACGGGAGAGAAACCCUUCCACUGCGAAGUCUGCGGCGAAAGAUUUGGACAUCACCAUAGUUUUAAAACACAUAUGAGAGUCCACACAGGAGAGAAACCGUUCCAUUGUGAUGUUUGUGGUGAAAGAUUCAGACAUCAGUAUAAUUUUAAAACACACAUGAGAGUCCACACAGGAGAGAAACCAUUUGGCUGUGAUGUCUGUGGACAAAGAUUCAACAGAAACACACUUCUUAAAACACACAUGAGAGUUCACACAGGAGAGAAACCAUUCGGUUGUGAUGUUUGUGGACAAAGGUUCUAUCGAAACACGCACCUUAAGACACAUAUGAGUGUUCACACAGGAGAGAAACCAUUUAACUGUAAUGUUUGUGGACAAAGGUUUAACAGAAAAGGAGGCCUCAAGACUCACAUGCGAGUUCACACAGGAGAGCAACCGUUCGGCUGUGAUGUUUGUGGAAAAAGGUUUAAAAGGAAGGGAGGUCUCAAUGCGCAUACGAGAGUUCACACCGGAGAGAAACCGUUUUGUUGUAGCAUCUGUGAGGAAAGAUUUAGACAUCAGUCAAAUCUCAUUCGACACAGAAGGCUUCACACGGGAGAGAAACCGUUUAGUUGCAGCGUUUGUGGUAAAACCUUUAACCAGAAGAUUCAUUUUAAGAGGCACCUGAGAGUCCACGCAGGAGAGGAAGUAAGCGCCAACACCGUGGACGAAGAGGACGAUCAGCAGGACACUGACUCUCAGCAGGACGCUGAAAGUCAGGAGAUUAAACACCUCAGUGUCCAUCAGGCGCCGGACAUUGUUGUCAACCAAAUUUCCGACGUCCAGCAGCUCUUGGUCAUUAAAGAAGAAGUUCCCUCUAACUUGAGCCCCAGUCUGGAGCAGCAGGGACCAGGACCCGUCCACAUAAAGGAGGAACAGGAAGAAGUCUUGUCCAGCCAGGAGCAAGAACAGCUUCAUGUGCUGGAGGAGGCUGAUGUCACCAGGUUCAAAGACUCUGCUGUGAAAAGUGAAAGCGACCAAGACAAACCUCCGUCCUCACAGCUUAAUCAGAGCCAAACUGGAGACACCGCGGAGACAGAGACUCCGACAAACAUCUGGACUGAACGGAUGAAAUCAGAAAGAGGUGGAGAAGACGUCGGUGCACGGGAACCAGCCAGGAACUCAAACCCAAACACUCAUUUCCAGCCACAUGCUGAUGAAACCUCUACUGAAACAGAAGGUAGCGAUGAAGACGACUGGCAGGAACCUGUGUCAGAUUCUGGACCUGAAAACCAACACAGUGACGAUGACCUCUGGGAACCCGAGUCAAGUUUAAAUAGUCAGAAAUCCCAGAAAAACAAGUUGUCUCUUCAGAGAUGUUUGGUUAAUAAAAACGGUUUUAGAUUUAAGAAAAAUGUAGAUUCACAGAUGAACGUUCAGACGGAGGAAAAACGACUUGGCUGUGAUUUGUGUGGACAACGAUUUAACCAGAGCUGUCACCUUAAGGCUCAUAAGAGACUUCACACAGGAGAAAAACCAUUUGGCUGUGAUGUUUGUGGACAACGAUUCACCCGCAACACACAUCUUAAGACUCACAUGAGGGUUCACACCGGAGAAAAACCAUUUAGCUGUAAUGUUUGUGAAAAAAGCUUUGGACAUCACUAUAACCUUAGUAGACACAUGAUCGUCCACACAGGAGAGAAACCAUUCGCAUGUGAUGUGUGUAAGCUAAGAUUUACAAAUCAAGGAAGUCUGAGGACGCACACAAGAGUUCACACCGGAGAGAAACCCUUCGGAUGCACAGUCUGCGGCGAAAGAUUCAACCGAAAUGGAAAUCUGAAGAUCCACAUGAGACUUCACGUGGGAGAGAAACUCUUUGGCUGUGACGUGUGCGCAAAGAAAUUCACACAACAGGGGAAUUUAAAGAGACACAUGAGAGUCCACUCAACAGAGAAACCGUUCGGUUGUGACGUCUGCGGUUAUCGAUUUGUAAAAGAGAGUAAUUUAAAGACACACAUGAGAGUUCACACUUUAAAGAAAACAUUUGAUUGUGGUGAAAUAUUUCCGUGACACGUGGACUCUGUCACAUGUGAUCUGAGUGACUCAGAGAUUUAAAACUAAAUUAACUGAAUGUGAAAACGUGAAUGAACUAAAGCUGGUUGGUUUCUAUUGUCCCGGGUGUUGAUGUAUUGGUUGAACUCCAGGCUUGUUCUGUUUGUUCAGUGGUGUUGUACAAUCAGUCCAUAUAAGUAAUAUUGUUACCAGAUGACUUAUUAUUGCAAUAGUAUUAAUGAACAGCCUCAUAUCAAUAAAGAUCAUUAAGUGAGAAA